UUGGGCACUCUUUUGAUCCGUAGCGAAUACGGAGCGCAUCACGUUUAUAUGGUAAAUAUUGGUAAAUAUGGAUGCACGGAAUGCGCUGAAGCCACUGUAUGAUUUAUAUCAGUGUUAUGGCGAGACGUCACUUUUAUAAAAGUGACGUCUCGCAAGAAAAAAAAUCAAGCACCUUUUUGACAGCUUCUUACAUGUGGCUUGAAUGAAAAAGCAGUUUUCUUCGAGUUUUUCAUCAAGAUUUUUUUGUGUAGUAACAGUGGCAAGUUUUCUCGCACCCCUGACCACAGCUUACGGAUCGUCGAAAUAGCGGACCAUCAAAAGGCCAAUCGGCAGUGAAUGUUCCGAAGAAGACUUCUCGACGAUGGACCAGUUGAGUCUGGGCUCGAAGCAUGUCAUCGUGGACCAGGCCCAAGAGGCUGAGCGAUGAGAGAUUAUGUAGUUGCAGCUGGAUUUCAUUGACCACAAGACAUGCCAGCUAGAAUAGAACUAGAAUAUGGUCAGCGAUGUCUACAUAAGAAUGUUGGAACAGCUGCGAGGCAAAGCAGCGGCAGUAGAAGCAGAUCUGCAACACCAGCCUGGAAUCGGUCUACUCACCCAUCAACAACAACGGAAACUCCUCUCCGUAGUGUUAGAAAAACCAAGGAAAAAUGCGUGUGAAUCCGGACGGCUGGUGGUAAUAAAGGAGGAAACGGAAGCGGUGGAAAUGAGGAGGAGAAACCGAAAGUAUAUCGAAGCGUGCCCACCAAACGUGAUUGAGCAAAUAGAGGCUAUUGUGAACAACGGAUCGGUUUCCAUUUCCGGCGCGAGCAAGUGAACUUUGUGACAAAACUGCUUUGGGCGACAAUGUUCGUGACAGACGUGUAUCUGACCUGCUGGAGGUGCUGCUUGUUGAUAAAGGAAAGGAGAAGAGUCGAGAAAGAAGAAUAAUUUUACAAUAAAAAGUCAA